AUGCCUGUUUCACCUCCCCCUGCUCCUGUUGCUGGUGACGAUGAGUCCAGCGAGGGUUCCGAUGAUGAUCAGCAGGACGGGGAUGGAGACACGGCGAUGACCGCUGCCGACAAGGAGGAGCGCGAUGAUCUGUUCGAAGACCUCAUUGGAGGUAUGACCGAUGCAUUCGAACGCAUGCCCACUCCUCGCGAUGCAGAGAGUGUUAUUGCGGCUAACCGCGACGCUGCCCGUCCUCCGGCAGUGCCGUCGCUUCCUCUCUCCGGCGUGAAGAGAAGACCGAAGCCUUUGGGCGGUGAGGAAGCCACUGGGCCUUCGGCGGAAAGUCGACAGCAGUAUGCGCACUACAGAAGCUUUGUUUCCGAAUCCGAAGCGCGUCGGGAACAAGCCUCACAGGUCAAGGCGCUUAUUGCUGAGAAAGCGAAAGGCGCGACCAACGUUGAGAGCGCAGAGCACCUGCGAACCAUCGCUGAUGGGCUCGCAAAGGUCAUUGAUCCGAACAUGUGCGAUGAUAACGUGUUCCAGGGAGCCCUGUAUCCUCCGGGUGACUAUGCGCUUGACGCAGUCACCAACCGGUUGGCCCAGGGCCGACGCCGAGUUGAGUCCAACAGCACUCUUAUUCGGGAGAUGGCCAGUGACCGAUUCACGCCUGUGCUCGUCAACCGUGAUACGGGUGAAACCGUGUCGGCAAUUGAUGCACGAUGGACUCCCGAGUAUGGGAACAGGGGGGAGCUCGAAGCCAAGAUUGGUGCGAUUAUCUCCAACCUUGAUGCUGCGAUUGCGAGCAUGGCGACUCUCCCUGUGUUCCAUCCGCACAUCCCUUCGACCUGUGGUAUGGCCCGAUCAUUGCUCAACACAUACCAGUCGUUGCAGAUUGCUAUCCGACAUCGCGGCAUGGGUGCGAUGGCUUUCGAACAAAUGGUGUUCAAACCAGAGGACCUUGAGGCUCCGACUCCCGAUGACUGGCCGGACCUCAUUGCGCCAUUUACUGGGAAGGCUAUCCAGGCCAUGCGUGUCGCUCUGGUGGGCAAUACUGCGGCCAGGCUCACCAGAGAAGAUCUUAAGCUGCCACCGGGAUACACCAUGCAGUGUCGGGUGACCAAAUUCCGAAAGCCCGAUGAAGACCCGGUGCAGAGCCUGAUGGGGCUCACGAACGACAUGAGCUACGGCUCCACCGGCCGAACUGGAGAUGACCGAUUGUCCCAGUUCCAGCGUAGCGUUGCGGCGCAACUGCAGAACACUGCGGGAUUUCUCGCGGACGAGUUCAGGAGACAUGCCCGAUCUAUUGCUGCCUCCUCAUCGCGUCGCAGUGAUGCGUCUGGCGCCGUGAGCAGCCAAGGCGACGGCGCGGCGGAGAGCGAUCGUCAGUCUCAUGUGCUGACUGCACCUGCGUCGGACCGAGCAACGACGCCUCCCCCGCCAUCCGAGGAUCCUCCUCCCCCGCCGACGGCGGACGCCUCCUCGAAGGCCUCUGAGGAUACUGCGAGAAGGGAUGGUGAAGACGCCGAGAUGAAGGACGAUACGGCCGAGCAGAAGCCCGAUGAGGAUGACAAGAUGGGUGAUGGAGAGGAGCCUACAGACGAGGUCCCCGGCAAGACCCCGCCGCCGGCUGCCCCAGCGGUCGAUAUCGACCCUGCCAGCACGGCGGCUGAGCAGGCUGCAAUCGAUCCGAAGACCUGCCGGAUCGAGGGCCCUGGCAUCAAGGCGACAACGAUACAUCGCCCCGACCAGAUGCCCGAGAGGGGACUUGAGUCCAUCUCACCGAUUGUGGAGUACGAGAUGACAUCCGUUCCGGUGGCGCUGCCGGAGUUCGUCGUUCCGGGACUCGACAUGGGCAUCGAUGAUUCCGUCCACGGGCGACUGGUGUCUGCAACCUGUCUCCCGCCAACAGACGAGCAGCGUAAGUAUUCGAGGCGCCGAUUCGCUAUGAUCUCCUCGAAUCAAUCGAUGUACUUGAACGUUGCACUCCACAGUAAGCCCGAAAAGGGGGAUUACGAUUCUUUCCUCCGACCGGAAACUUAUAAGGAGUGCCGUGACAUCAACGACGCUGCCAGGGCGUACAACGCCCGAGAGGAGCGAAUCCGCUCUAUCGGUGGAGCUUCGAUCAAUUGCAGCCGCUUGCUCAUUGAUGAUGCUCAGAACAUUCCUGCUGCAGCUAUCCCAGAUGAGGCGAUGACCGAUCUGGUGCGCAAGCUGAUGAAUACCCUUCCGGUGCCGAAGAAGGGUACCGAUGACCGAGUGAGGGGCAUUCCGUUGUACUCGUACUUCGAUUCGAGCGGGAUCAUCGCGUUCGACAUCAUUCCGAUGUACGUGGAGCGCGAGAGAGAGUACAUGAAGGCCAAUGCUGGCGAGACAAGCGGCCGAAUUCUUCUCCAGACCGAUAUCCUGGAUGAGAACAAAGAGCCGACAGAGCUCACGCUCCAAUGCAUCAUGGAGAUUGCCAGAACGGACAACAACCGAAUGUUUGAGUUCUUCUACUCCACGAUUAAUAGUGAUGGAAGCCCUCAGUUCGUCGGGGUCCGUGCAGCAUACGGGUUCGGUCCUGAUAAUUUCAACCGAUUCCGACAGCUGACCAAGUCUCAGUACGGGCCAUUCCUUCCGCUGGCAAACGAGCUCUAUAUCGCUAAUGAGCGAAGAAGGAGUGUGUCCCGACACCACCCCCAGUACGGAUGGGGGUGCGCAACGAUUCGCGAGUUCUUCGGGUACAUGAGCGACUGCCAGGUCGGCCCUCCGAAGGGACAGUUGUUCCUCACCCUGCUCCCGUUCGCUCCCGGAUCUGGGAAGAACAAUGAGUGGGAAGAGGUGUACAUGAAUGUCCGGAUGAACCCGAAACGCGAGACGCUAUCGAACACGGCGCUUUCGAACUCAUUGCUCCCCGAGGGAAUGGGAUCCAACCGCAUGAUUGUGUUCGCGAUUGACCUGCACAUGAUUGCUGCGGGCAUCAAUCCGGUGUCCUAUCACCCGAGGGGCUACUACGCGAUUAAGGACAGUAUCCCUCUUGCGUGCAUGCCGAUUGCAUACUUCAUGGACACGGGAUCGAUUGUGUUCAACACGGCCUUCAAAUACAUUGGAGGUCCGAAGUUUGGCACUGGCCCUGCGCGAGGCAAACACAACCGAGAAUCGUGGCCUCUCGCCAGUUUCAACUGCCCUAUGUGCGGUACGGCGUUUCCGGUUGGUCUCCACCUGUGCCAUUCGUGCACGAAGCCGAUUCACUACCCUGACGGGAUGUUCUACGCCGAUUUGCGGAACCCCUUCCAGGUUGAAUACUACGGCAGUCAUGCUCCGUGGCUUAACGAGAUGAUCGAAAGAAAUAAGCUCACGGACUUCGCGCUCCACGAGUACGCAGCGAUCAAGCAGCUGAGAAACUUUCCGGCGUCAAGAUCUCUAGCCGAGGAUCACCGGCAGACUGCAUUCUUCGGAGUGCCACCGAUCAAGUGUAUCGCUGCUGAUACGUCUCCGAAAGAAGUGGAGCUGUUCAACAGGAGUGUGCGCGGAACGAUUCAAGGCGCCAUUCGAUUGGACAUCUCAAUUGAGAGGCUUGUGGCAGGGAUUACGGGGAAAGAAGCCCGAUGUGGCGUGGAAGAGUUCCUCGAAUCACAAACGAUACCCUGUGCCACUACGAUCGCCAAGCACUUCGGGGCACUCUUUGCCACGUGCCGGGAGAAGCCACUAUGCACUGCCAGCGUGCCUACCGCACGUUCGGCUCUCCACCGAGUUCGAUACGUCCGUGCCAAGAUCACCGACACGAAGAAAUACCAGCGAUAUAUGCGUGUUGACAGUGAGAGUCUGUCAGCGCUCCUCGCCAAGGUUACCCUCGCGACAUGCUACGGUAUUCCCGUCAAAGGGGAACCUGGGUACAUCUCCGAUGAUGAAAAUGAGGAGAUCGAGGGCGCUGCCGAGGCGACAGGUGAACCCAAAGGAAAAGGAAAAGGGGACGAAAGCGCCGGUGCUCAGGCCAUCAACUGGCGAGAACUGGACCCCUUGGGACGACGGUUCAUCCCGCAUCAUUCCGAUAGCAGAUUUGCGGUGAUCGACGAGGGCAAUACUGAGGACCUCGAUGGACCUGAUGCCUCCGACCAGAAGCGUCAGGACUUCAAGGAGUUUGUCCGAGAUCACGCAUACAAGACAAAACAGAGCUUCGAUGAGGACAAAGACAUCGAAAAGACCUUCUUCGGUCUUGUCGAGGGCGUACAGAGUCAGCUCCCAGACGCCAAGAGCACUGAUCCGCUCUCGAUGGAGACGAAGCAUGACGUCUUCGAGGCCCUACCUGAUGAAUUGGAGGAGCCUCAUAAUCUGCUCGAUGUCGCUGGUCUGAGAAGGAGGCGUGAUGAGACGCCUCAGCGUCGGGUGCAGACAACCGCACCUCGAGAAGCGCCGAUUCCCGAAGCUCACACCGUCCCUGUACCCCCGGAGGCCGAGGACGAAGACGAUGACGAGCUUGAUCGGGUGGUUCGUCCUGCGCAGACGGCUCCGCGAGUAGGACGUGAGCAUCUUGGCGGUGUUACCCCUGAGGUACUUCCGCCGGAGCCGCGUGAGAUGCCGCCUCCGUCUAAUCCACCGACUCGGAAGACGCAGCGGCAAACGGGAUUUAGCGUGCCACAUUCUGAGGGAGAGGCGUUGAGGGUAUCGGGAAGAAAGCCCUAUUCCGAUAAGAUGGGGCUGCCCUAG